CUCGUUUUCCAAUCUUCUCAAGCCCACUCUAUCUACGCUUGUUUACUCUGUAGGCGUGUUGCUUCCUGAUUUGCCUGCUUUGUAAUUUUUAUUGUGAGCGCCCGUCGCCCUGCCGACACGAUCACGACCACUCCUUACGUAUUGCCCCGCUGCUCAUCCUUUGGAAGAGCUUACUUGCUGUCGUCCUGUGGUUCCCAGGUGCUGUCUCUUUUCCCUGCUUGCCGUGUUGCCGUGUUGCAUUUUCCAUCAUCAUGGAUCAUGACUCUACACCAACCAUCCUGACCCGCUGCGAUCUGCACGUAGAUGGCGAGAGUCAAGCCCUGAUAUGUCGUCGAUGCAAGUACGCUCUCGCCACAGCGAGCUCCCAGGUCACAACCCAUCUCGACAGGAAGCAUGGCGUUUCCAAGGAACUCCGGAAGGGGCUCACGCAAUAUUUGCGUCAGCACCCGUGUGAUAUCAUGGACCCAAGCAGUAUUCCUCCCCGUCCGCACGGAUCGACGGCGCAUCCAGAGCUCCAGAUUCACGAAGGCUACGCUUGCCGCAAGUGCGAGUUCUGUACCACCAGCUUGAAACAAUUGACCAGCCAUCUUGGUAAAGUCCAUCUUCGCGAACGACCUUCCAAAAAGACCGACGAUCUGUACGACGAUGUAUUCCUACAGACAUGGGGCGAUGGCCCGACGCGCAGAUACUGGACGGUGUCGAUGAACGGAAGCACGCUGCGCCCAAUACGCCUACCGUGUGCUGACGAACACCUCGAAUCAGUGCGGGAGCGCGAGCAGGCUCGACGCGAGGAGCAACAGCGCACCGCGCUGACUGAUAUGGGAACGCAGAUGCUGCAGAACACUGGCCCCUGGAUGGAGCGCACUCGCUGGCCUAUCACGUACCAGGGCGUUCGCCGUGAUGUAUUGCUUGGUCUUGCUGAAGUGCCUGUAGUGCACGAUGGUGUCGACCUGACCAUUGGACAGUCAGAGCAUGAUUCCAACAUCACGAGCCCAGCCGAGGACGAGCAGAAGAUAUGGCAUUUGGCACAAGCUGUCCAGGCCGUGCUUGAUCGAUGUGAGGAGACCAUGCGCCGCACCGGCCGUCCGCUUUUGUGCUGGCUGAUCACCACGCGGCCAUCGCCGUGCUUUCCGAAGCCCUUCAAGUUUCUUGGUCGCGAAAAAAGCAGGAGAUCUUAUCGUCGGUGGCUGAAGGGUUUCCUUGCAUUCGUGUUCCGGGCAUGGCGCAUGGAAUCGGGCAAGCGCUUAUCCCUAGCUGGCAUCCGAUUCAGUCGGAAGCAAUCUGCUCGCUUGCGCUCGAUCUGGGAUCAUCGUCUAUGGAGCCACCGCAUCGGGCCCGACCUCUGGUCGGGGCUUGCAGGUGAUCGACGGCGAAGAAGCAGCGACAGGGGUGCGACUGACGACAGCCAGAGUGGAAGCGAAGUAGAUGGAGAGACUGACGAAGAGGCUACAGACGAACAGGACGAGACAAAUCUAGACGAGGAGCAGGACGUCGGAUCGGAUACGGCAGAGAUCUCAGGAGAGGACGAGAAUGGACUGCAUAGCGACAGCAGCACCGACUCGUCCUUACGAGAAUCUGUCUUGAGCUACAAACCCAGUGAGAUACAUACUGCUGCCGCCGAAUUGUUGGAGCUCGUUUUCGAGUUGUGCAUUACAUUUAUGACGGAAGAGUUCAAAGACGGGCAACCAAGCUCAAGUACGUUAGUGUACUACAGCGGCGUCCUCGCGCUGCAAGGCACUGGAGAAACAUUCCGGACAGCGAAGUUGUUUACUCCUAUUUUGUCGCAGCUCAUAUACAUCCAGCGACUGCUAUUCUUAGAGUACGCCUUGCGGCGCAAACAUAAAAAAGAUUUCGUAGAUAACAAGUAA